AUGGACAUUAGCCACCGUGUUCAACCGGAAGCUGCUCUGAGGGGCUGUUAUUCGUGGAGCGCACUGGAAGACGAAGAAGAGGACCAUUUCAGAGUUCAGAACACGCACAAUCGACUUGUAGAAAAAGCCCGCUCUGUGGCCGACUUCUUUCGCUGCCGACUUUUCUUUCUUGUGGUCAUGAUCUGCGUUUUCCACGUCUUGGGAGCGAUGUUGUUUUUCGUAGCGGAAAACGGGGAACAAUGUCGAGCAAUGGACGAGAACCAUCGUCAGACGGAACGACGACGCGAAGAGAUGCUGCAGCGAAUGGCCAGACUUCAGUUGCCGGAAGACCGGCCGUCGAACGUCGUCGAUGACCACUGGCUGAACAGAACGAUGGACGCGUUUCAAUGGUACGACAACCAGCUGAUCGGUGAUCACACAGUCUGCAACGAUUUUGAAAAUUCCCUUCUUCUUGUGCUGACUUCCAUGACAACGACAGGUUAA